AGGAGGGUAUUGUGAUCCAGUCAAACUUUUCUGCAAACCGGGUUGUGACGAGUUUUAGGGUCCUGACAUACUUAGGGAACAAGAAGUUUUCUCGGGCUUCCGGAUAGCCAUAAACAGCGACGAUCCAUACGAUAAAUCAACCACUUUUGUUCUGCUUGGUAUUCAUUGCUAUGGAACUAGUAAAACUUUGAUAUUCCAAGAAGAGGAUUUAAAAAAUCAAACAACGUCCACUGCUUGAUCUUUUAAACAAAAUUACAAAGUAGAUAAAAUGGUGUAUACUACUGAGAAUGGUCUACAGAAACCUCCACAUGAGGACGGGAUUACAGACCCAGUGGUUCUCAAGAUGGCACCGAUAGAGGUCUCAUUACACAUGGGCAAAGAACAAGGAACUUACAAUCCAAAUGGAUCUGCAAACAGCUUGAAUGGCCUCGGAAGUUACGACCCACAGUUUAGCUUCUCUGAGAACCCUGGCGGCCCAUCUGUUCCGUUCCAGGAGAGAGCCAAGAACUGGUUCCGGUCACUUCUGACACUGGACACAAUCAAGAGUAAACUGCCCAUCAUCGAAUGGCUGCCUAAAUACAACAUGUUCAAUUUCCAGUGUGACCUGAUUGCUGGAAUCACUGUGGGCCUGACUCUCAUCCCACAAAGUCUUGCGUACGCUGGCAUUGCAGGUCUGGCUCCCCAGUAUGGUCUGUACUCAGCUUUCAUCUGCGUCUUCAUCUACUGCGUCAUGGGAUCAUCAAAAGACAUCACCCUCGGACCUAGCGCCAUAGUGUCUCUCAUCACAGCUUCCUUUGCUACCUCCGUAUCGCCCAGGCUACCCAACGGAGAAGCUGACCCAACAAUGGCCAUCGUGCUGGCCUUUACAACUGGAUUAAUACAGAUAUUUAUGAGUUUCUUCAAACUAGGUAUCAUCGUCAGUUUCAUUUCCUUCCCUGUCAUCAACGCCUUCUCCUCAGCUGCAGCUAUAACCAUUGCCGUCAGUCAGUUAAAGACUCUUCUAGGAGUGAAAGGAGUGCCCAACGAUUUUGUUGAAAGCUUGGACGUCAUUCGUAAGAAGUUGCCUUACAUAAAUGUCUGGGACAUGACUAUGGGAAUGUCAUGUAUCGUUGUUGUCAUACUACUGAAAAAAUUACGAGAAAUCCGUUGGAAGGAUGAUCCAGACAAACCGAUUCCUAUCUACGUGAUGAUUUACAGAAAGCUGAUAUUCAUCUGUGGGGCUGGGUCAACUGCAAUUGUGGUCAUCGUCGCUGCUGGAAUCCUGGCCAUCUUGGAGCGCUACGGAGUAAAAGAUCUGACCCCUACAGGGUACAUCCGCCCUGGCAUGCCCGAAAUACGAGCCCCACGUUUCGACAUCACCAUUGGAAACUACACGAUGCCGUCGUCGGAAAUGUUCAGUAAAAUCAGCGCUGGAAUCAUUGUGAUACCAAUUAUUGCCCUCAUGGAAGCAAUGGCGAUUGGAAAAUAUUUUGCUCGAGUUAACCAGUACAAGCUAGAUCCAGCUCAGGAACUUUUAUCGUAUGGCAUCGGCAACCUUGUAACGUCAUUCUUUCAAGGUUACGCUGUAACAGGGACGUUCUCAAGGACCGCCAUCAACUCGCAGUGUGGUGUCAAGACGCCCCUGGGGAACAUCUUCACGGGUGUUAUCGUCAUCAUCUCCUUGUACUUCCUGACGCCCCUUUUCUACUACAUCCCCAAGUGCGCCCUGGCUGGGGUCAUUAUAGCAGCCGUACUGGCCAUGGUGGACAUCCAAUCGUUUAAAAUGCUUUACAGAGCCAACAAGGUAGAUGUUGUGCCUUACUUUGUCACCUUCGCUGCCACUCUCCUGAUAGGAAUACAGUGGGGAAUAUUUGUUGGCAUGGGCGUAUCUAUACUAAUAUUAUUAUACCCAAUUGCAAGACCCAAAGUUUUGUUCUCUACGGUGCAAGGUUUUAUGAUCGUCACGCCAACACACGGACUAGAUUUUCCCGGAGCUGAAUAUUUAGAGAUCAAGGCGUUGGACAGGGCUCUGCAAGUUGAGAAGCCUCACAACAUUAUCUUGAAUAUGGAACAUCUCUCCAACAUGGACUACUCGGCGAUCCAGUCAUUGAGAUCUCUUCUGUCAGGGUGUGAGCUGCACGGGAUGAAACUAAUUUUAGCUCAAGGACAGAAACGGGUCAAGAAGCAACUGAAAGUCGCCAACAUUAAAAAUGCUAUCAUUGUUGACACUGUGGAUGAAGCCAUAAAAACAUUUAGGUCACAACCUGAAACAGGUGAACAUGAUUUUAAAUGUUUCACUUUAUUCUCCUAUCUAGCGGAAACAAACGAAGAGAAGAACGACGAAGAAGACGAAGGCUUUUUUAUUAGUAGGUUGUAACAGUGAGCCGGGACAAGAUCCUCAUGCCACAUCUUACAUGACCUGCUACAACAACUAGAGCUACAUCACGUCGUGAUCCACAUUACACCUGCAGACAGGUCAAGGGAACACUUCAUACUUGGUGGAAGAUUGGGAACUGUAGGAAUUGUUGCACUAGCCGUCGGAAACAUACAUCUAAUUUAGAAUUAAAGCCCAUGUCAGUAAUUAAACUUAAGACACAUUUCAGACAAAAUAUCGAACUUUUAAUGUGAUACUGUUUCAGAAAUAUUAAAUUAAUGUAAAAAUAGUUAAAACUAGUAUAAGUACAAGCCACAAAUAAAUAAAAUAGAAAACAUUUAUAAACGUUUGGUAAUGUAUUGACAAUUUAUUUUUGUUUUAAGUACACAAAAAAGUAUUGAACAAAUCGUGUAAUAACAGGCGCAGAUUUGCAGCAAAUUUGUGUCACACUUUGUACAUUAUGUAAAGACUGCGCUCUUCAAAAAAUGUUAGAGUUGUUUAUAUUGUAUUAUAGAAUUAAAAUAUUACGUUCAUUGGUAAUAAUUUUAAAUCCAUAAGUUGAAAUAACUGUUUUAUUAUCUUAAUACAUAUUCCCCCCUUCCCCGGGUCGCAUUUUCUUUCAUAGUUCACUUUAUUUAAAUUUCUCUUUUUUUUUUUUUUUCUUUAUUGAAGCUUAAAAGAUUGAGGUUUAAAAUAGAAACUCGUGAUCAGGGGAAAUAAUUUGCCCUAGUGCAUAGAUACUAAGACUAUUUAAAACUUCCAUAUGCAUAAAUACUGAGACUAUUUAAAACAAAAAAUAUAGUUAUUUAAUUGUAGAGUCAAUACCUGAACACAAAAUGAAUAAUUUAUAACAUGUAAUAAAAUUAUUGUUUUACAUA